CGCUCACAAAAAAGUCCUUGGUGUUCCUCAUAAAAAAAAUUAUUUGGUGUUCCUCGGUCUUGAAAAGUUUAACACUGCUCUAGGGAGAGAAGACCAGAGGAGAGCUACAAAGGGAGGCUAUGUAGUACUGAUUGUGACAAUUAAGGAUUUAACGAGUAAUAGUAACUCAAAAGUGUGUUUCCUGUACCAAAAAUGUCCCAGAGAACGCUCCCGACCUGUCUCCGUUAGUCCUCACGUCCCGUCUUUCUCAGCCCAUGGAGAACACAGGGCGGAGGGGAGGGGACUUGUCCGAACAGCGAUCAUCUUCGGCUACGUGCUCUCAUCCAGGCGAUCGGGGGUGGAGCCUGUUUCUCACCCCUCCUCCUUUCCUUAGCCGGAAGGACGAGAGGCCGUCUCGGCAACCGGAGCCGGCCUUUGCGGAGCUGGAGAGGAGACUCCGUGAUUUCUGUCUGAAAAGUGCUGUCCUGCAGGAGGUGCUGCUGGGAUUCAAAGAGAUGCUGCGGCUGGAGCUGGGGGGCGACCCAGGCUGUGGCGCCACUUCCACGCCUUGCUCCGGCUGGGACCAGCCUCCCCGGGGAUGGAGAAGGGAAACAGCUGCGCAGAGGCUGGUGGCCUUCGAGGAGGUGGCCGUGUAUUUCACCAAGGAAGAGUGGGCUUUGCUGGACCCCUCUCAGAGAGCUGUCUACUGGGACAUCAUGCAGGAGAACUACGAGAACGUGACCUCGCUGGGGUUACCACUGUCCACACCGGAAGUGACGCCCCAGCUGGAAGGAGGCGAAGAGCUGUGGGUCUCCGAUCUCCAGGGCUCGGAGGGAAGAGAGAUCCCGAGAGGAACCUACACAGGAGAUGACGGGAAGUUGAAUGAGAACGAGGAGCAGAGUCCAGAGCAGGAGAAUACUGAGCACUUGGCAUCGCCCGGGGGAUUGUCACAAAGAACAAAUUGGGAUGUAUCCAGAAGUCGUGAGGAGAGACAGCAGGGAAACCAGCUGGGCGAGAAAGUCUGUAAAUCCGUUAAGUGUGAGGAAAAUCACACGGCCCUCCAGGAAACCACUGUCCAGCAGAGAAUCCAAAUGAGAAAGGGCAAACACAUCUGCUCAGAGUGUGGGAGAAACUUCAGCCGACGCUCGCACCUUAUUCACCAUCAGCGAAUCCACACAGGAGAGAGACCCUACGAAUGCUGCGAGUGUGAGAAAAACUUCACCCGGCGCUCAGACCUCCUUAGACACCAGAAAACCCACACGGACGAGAGCCCCUAUGAAUGUUGUGAGUGCGGCAAAGCCUUCAUUUACUGCUCCGACCUGCGGCGACAUCAGAGGAUCCACCGAAGACAAAGGCCGUAUGAUUGCUGGUUACCACUGUCCACACCUGAAGUGAUGCCCCAGCUGGAAGGAGGCGAAGAGUUGUGGGUAUCAGCUCUCCAAGGCUCGGAGGGAAGAGAGAUCCUGAGAGGAACCUACACAGGAGAUGACAGGAAGAUGAAUGAGAACGAGGAGCAAAAUCCACAGCAGGACGGUACCGAGCACAUGGAGCCAGAUGGGGGAUUGUCGCAAAGACCUAAGGGAGACGUGUCCAGGAGUCGUGAGGAGAGACAGCAGGGAAACCCACCAGGGGAGAACGUGGAUAAAUCCAAGUAUGAGGAAAAUUACAAGCACCUCCAGGAAACCACAGCCCAGCAGAGUAUCUUCACAGGAAAGGGCAAACACAUCUGCUUAGAGUGCGGGAAAAACUUCAAUCGACGCUCCCACCUUAUUCACCAUCAGCGGAUCCACACGGGAGAGAGACCCUACGAAUGCUGCGAGUGUGAGAAAAACUUCACCCGGCGCUCAGACCUCCUUAGACACCAGAAAACGCACACGGACGAGAGCCCCUAUGAAUGUUGUGAGUGCGGCAAAGCCUUCAUUUACUGCUCCGACCUGCGGCGACAUCAGAGGAUCCAUAUGGGUCAGAGACCCUAUGAAUGCUGGUUACCACUGCCCACACCUGAAGUGAUGCCCCAGCUGGAAGGUGGCGAAGAGCUGUGGGUCUCAGCUCUCCAGGGCUUGGAGGGAAGAGAGAUCCUGAGAGGAACCUGCACAGGGGAUGAUGGGAAGGUGAAUGAGAAUGAGGAGCAGAAUCCACAGCAGGAGGAUGCUGAGCACAUGGAACCACAUGGGGGAUUGUCACCAAGAACAACGGGGGAUAUAUCCAGGAGUUGUGAGGAGAGACUGCAGGGAAACCAGCCAGGGGAGAACGUGGGUAGAUCCAUCAAGUGUGAGGAAAAUCACAAGGACCUCCCGGAAAACACAACCCAGCAGACUAUCCUCACAGGAAAGGGCAAACACACAUGUUCAGAGUGUGGGAGAAACUUCAGCAGACGCUCACACCUAAUUCACCAUCAGCGGAUCCACACGGGAGAACGACCCUACGAAUGCUGCGAGUGUGAGAAAAACUUCACCCGGCGCUCAGACCUCCUUAGACACCAGAAAACGCACACGGACGAGAGCCCCUAUGAAUGUUGUGAGUGCGGCAAAGCCUUCAUUUACUGCUCCGACCUGCGGCGACAUCAGAGGAUCCACAGAAGACAAAGGCCCUAUGAAUGCUGGUUACCAGUGUCCAGACCUGAAGAGAUGCCCCAGCUAGAAGGAGGGGAAGAGCUGUGGGUCUCCGAUCUCCAGGGCCUGGAGGGAAGAGAGAUCCUGAGAGGAACCUACACAGGAGAUGAUGGAAAGGUGAAUGAGAAUGAGGAGCAGAAUCCACAGCUGGAGGAUCCUGAGCGCAUGGAAUCGCAUGGGGCAUUGUCACAAAGAAUACAUGGGGAUGUGUCUAGGAGUUAUGAAGAGAGACAGCAGGAAAACCAGCCAGGGGAAAAAGUAUAUAAAUCUAUCAAGUGUGAGGAAAAUCACAAGGACCUCCAGGAAAGCACAGCCCAGCAGAGAAUCUUCCUGGGAAAGAGGAAACACACAUGCCCUGAGUGCGGGAAAAACUUCAGGAGUCGCUCUCACCUUAUUAACCAUGAGCGAAUCCACACGGGAGAGAGACCCUAUGAAUGCUGCGAGUGUGGGAAAAACUUCAUUCGGCGCUCACACCUUAGUAGGCACAAGAGGAUCCACACGGGGGAGCGACCCUACGAAUGUGAGUGUGGGAAAACUUUCGUUUACUGCUCCGACCUGCGGCGACAUCAGAGGAUCCAUACAGGACAAAGACCCUACGAAUGCCGUGAGUGCGGAAAAAGCUUCCAUCAGGGGUCGCACCUUAUUUAUCAUCAGCGAGUCCAUAAGGGAGAUAAGCACCUUAAAAUCCUCGUGUAGGAGUGGCAAAAAUAUAUUUUUUCUUGAAUAUUUUUAGUACUUCUGAAGUGUGGCCUUUAAGGCUAUUAGUGCCAUGUACGUCAUUGUGGACUCUGCUCCCCACGGUCAGUUAUCCAGGUCUCCUUUUGCACGUAGCCUUUCUUUGGAGUGAAUCCUGAAGACCUUUGCUAACAACUGCUUUGUUUUGAGACAUUGGCAUACGAGUCCCAUUUAAGGAAUGCACAUCAGAUCUAGGUGGGGAAAACAUGAAUCAUAUCAGUGAGCUACAUUGUGGUAAAAACCUUCCUGGCUCUGUCUCCAUGAGCAUUUUUUGUAGUUAGCCAACUCAACCGCAGCUCUGUUUUCUGCCCUGACGUGGCCCAAGUACCUAGUCCGGGUUAGCGAGCAUGUUUUCCUUCAACCUGUCCUAAUCGCCUCUACUUUUCCUAGUCUAGACAAACCAUUGUCAUGAUGUUAAAAUGUGUGUAAAUAACACAGUUCAAUAGUGAUAGAAAUGUAGCCGUGUUAGUCUGGGGUAGCUGAAGCAAAAUGCAGGACAAUGUAGCACUUUAAAGACUAACAAGAUGGUUUAUUAGAUGAUGAGCUUUCGUGGGCCAGACCCACUUCAAGUGGGUCUGGCCCACGAAAGCUCAUCAUCUAAUAAACCAUCUUGUUAGUCUUUAAAGUGCUACAUUGUCCUGCAUUUUGCUUCAACAGUUCAAUGAUAAUGAGAUAGCACUUAAUGUAGCAGGUUUCAUGGAACAAAGGACAACGCAACGGGAAAAUCUUCGGUCCUAAUUCUGUCAUUAGAUGUAACCUGUUGUAGAAUCUCAUUCUGUCUGAAACUGAAAAUGCCUUAUUCCUCUGUCAGCAAGGCCAGAUUUCCAAUUCAGCACAGUGGGCGUGUUUAUAGGGCCACCAGCAUCUUAAGGGCAGGUUGCCACGUAUGCAAUUUUCUAGCCCAAAUGGACUAUAGCUGUUACUUCCCAGGGUUUUUAGCAGUGUGAGUUGUGGUAUUUUGGGCUAUUCUACUACCACUCGUGACAGUGUUUGGGAGUUCUUGAAAGGGAGGAAGCCUCCUGAUCUUCCUCACCCCCUGCGAAGUUGCCCCACACACCGCUUGUCUCUCGUGCUCCCUUCCCUUAGAUGAUGUUUGCAGCAAGCAGAGAAUUCUUGUCUUGAGAGAGGCAGAAAACGUGCUGCAAUUUUGCCUUUUGCCUUCUGGAGCCACAACGGCCUCUGGAGUAGCCUGAGCUGGCUGAAGCUGACGUAUCACGCAGGUGGCAGCAAACAGCAGAUGGGCGGUAGGUGCGUUUUUUCCUCAAGUGAAUAGUUGCAGCCACCUCCUUGGAGGCAGGUUAGGAGGCAGUGUGCGCCACACGGGAUUACUGUGGGUGACAAGGCCACAUGGGAAGGCAAGAGGGGGUGCUGAAGAUGCUGUGCCUAUGGCAGUGAUGUGCAACCAGUGGGUUGUGACCCCCAAGGGGGUUGCGGAUGCCUUCCCGGGGGGUCACAGCACUUAGAUCUGGCCAACCGGGGACUAGGCCCGGCUGUUGGUGGCUGCGCGGCACUUAGAUCUGGCCAGCUGUGGGUUGGGCCCGGCAGUUGGCUGUCCCCGUGGUGCAGCACCUAGAUCUGGCCAGCCGGGGACUAGGCCCAGCAGUUGGCGGCCCCCGCAGCGCGGAGUCUCAGAUCAGAAAAGGUUGCACACCACUGUCCUAGGGCAUGUAAGAUGUAAAUCCAGCCCUCUGUGUUAGAUAUAGGUUAUUCUCGAUCCAGAAGACUCUUUUGGUAGUUCUGAUUUAUCAAGACUUUGAAUCAGUAAUUACCAAUUACUCAAAGAGUCAUUUCUUCUGUUUGUUUCUGUCCCCCACCCUACCCUCGAAGAUGACAUGGGGAAAGUUCAAACAUACCUCAGUCAAUUGGAGAGAAUAUUUUUAGGUAGGGGAUAUGCUACCGAGGUUUUAAAUCUCUAGUCUGAGAUGGUGAACAUCAACGCACCCUACAUUGUGCAAUUAAUUGCAAUAAUGGGAUAUAAUCACAGUGUUGUUCAGUGAUUGAAGUCAGUAUUAUCUCAGAUACUGUGGAAUUCUCUGUCUGCACUAAGGGACUUGAAACUAGGCAAAAUGCCCAUGUAUUUGGUUCCCCACAUAGUUGUAACCCAGGCUGUCCAAGAAGAUGUCGCCUACUUAGUCCUAAUAUUUGGGAAAAUCUGGCGUUAGCUGUGCCAGAGGAAAUAGAAGUGGAGGAAAUAGAAUUGGUGUUUUUGUUGAAUCCACCCUUUGUAAUGCUGCAAAUGGGUAUAAAAUGAAAUCAAUAUUGCAUGUGAAACAGUUGAGGAAUGAUAACUCUUCUUGAAUAGUAACCAGCCCCUUGUACCGUCUGGUGAUUCUCAUCCAGUCCUGGGUCUACUUUCUAAUUCAGACCUUUGCUACCAGAUUAAAGAACUAAACUAGA